AAACAACCAGUUUCGCGCUACAAGUGGAGUGAACUUAAUGUGUCCACUUAAUCUAUAGUUGAUUCUAAUAAAAUAGUCUGGUUUUACAUUGAAGAUAUUAUGGCAGGUUUGGAAAACCUUAGCGACAGGGACCGCGCAGUUCUGAGGAGUAUUUUCGACCCCACUGCGACGAUUGGAGAUGUCGCUGAUGAUGGAGACAAUUUUACCACUGACGAUGAAGAUAAAACAGACAGCGAGCUGGAAAGCCAAGCUCUUUGUCGCCAAGGUGUCCAGUUGGCCGAAGCGGGCCGGUACGACGAGGCGUUACCAUUGUUGGAUAGAGGCGUGGAGGUCGCCCCAGAGCGCCCGGCGGGGUACAACGAUAGAGCACAGUUGUAUAGACUCAUGAAACGAGAUGAUGAUGCUAUUAAGGAUCUGGAUCGCGUGCUGCAACUGACGGAGGGCAAGGCGAGCCGCGCGCGCGCGCUAGCUCUGUGCCAGCGCGGGGUGCUUUUGCGCAGGCGCGGGGCGGACGACGACGCGCGCGCCGCCUUCGCUGAGGCGGCUAAACUCGGCAGCGGGUUCGCUAAGAAACAGGUCGUCGAGCUGAAUCCAUACGCUGCGUUGUGCAACCAAAUGCUCAGCCAAGUUCUGAGAGGAGAGAAGGACAUCAAACUGUAGGACAAAAGCAGUACAUUGCGUAACGCCGACAAAGCAGGCGGCUUGUAAUGGUAGGCGCCCACUGAUCCGCAUCGUACGUAUCGGACGCAUCGCAUCAAACGGAUUUUUAAUUUUACGGUAGAUAAAAACCGAUCAAUGCGAAUGAGUGGACGCACUUGUAUGAUACGCACGAUGCGGAUCAAUGGAUGCCGCCUCAAGGCUAUUAUGUACUAAUUUUUUUUAUUUUAAUAAGAUUGAGAAUGUACCUAAGCUGUAAGGAACCACGUCAGUUCAAUCUACAUAACUACAACAUGAAAAUUAAAAAUAAAAGGAAUUUUACUCUCAGACUACUUGGAUAUAAAUAAAAAUGGAAUGGCGAAUGGGAAUGGAAACAAGAUGGCGCUCUUCUGAUAGGCUAGUUGACACUUUUAAAAGAUCAAUUGUUCAUUAUAACAAUAAGUAUAUCAUAAUUCGAGACUUGAAUACUCCAUUUACCUGUCGCCACUUCUAGCAUCUCCUUUCAAAAUUUCAUAUCGCAAAGUAGUAUCAACUGAACUCAUCUCACUAGUUAUACGUGAUAAAUAAAGGUUUGUAGUCAUUUAAAUAAAAGCCACAUAUCUAAUGGAUUAGAAAUUUAUAUUAUUGAGUGUACAAUCCACGAUCACAUUGGAGAAAAACCACAUAUCCUAAAAUCCGGCGGACAGUCCCCGCGGACCUUGCAACACUUUAUUCGAAAUCCAUGAUAACGACCGACUUCGCAUUUCGAAAAUCGAAAAUGGCAAAUGUAAACUACAAAUCGAAAUUCCGUGACUACUCUAUUAAUAUUUAAUAAUAAUUAUAAGUAGGUAUAUAUGCAAUAAAAUCUCAAAACAAGGAUUGCGCGCGAAAAUUUUUCACAAUGUAAAUCUGCAAGAUUAAAAAAGUUGUCGCGCCCAAUCCUUCACAAAGUUAAAAUUGAAAACUUGAUAAUAUUAAAUGUAUUAAAACUAGUGAAAGGCGACGCGAAGGUAGGUAAAAAUAAAAGUAAAAAGGUGCGUUUAUAAAGAUCUGGAAGUUAUUUUGGUUAUUGCAGAAAAGUUUCGCGUAUGGCAACCACU